AUGUAUUAUGGAGAUGAUUACUUCAGCAACAUGUCUUCCUUUGGAAACUACUCCUUACCUGAGGAUUCUGGGACCCGACUGCCAGCAGCCUCCAUCUUGUCCAUCUUUGUCUACGCCCUCACUUUCCUGUUGGGUGUCCCUGGCAACGGGGCCGUCAUCUGGGUGACAGGCUUCAAGAUGAAGCGGAGCGUCAACACGGUGUGGUUCCUGAACCUGGCUGUGGCAGACCUGACCUACUGCCUCAGCCUCCCCUUCCAGAUGGCUUACCUUGCCAUGGGAAAAUCCUCACCUAGAGCCAAUGUCCUCUGUAAGCUCAUUCCCUCGGCCAUCGUCCUCAACAUGUACGCCAGUGUUUUCCUAUUGACCAUGAUCAGCGUUGACCGCUGCCUGGCCGUCACUAGGCCCGUUUGGUCCCAGACUCACCGGUCUCUGUCUUGGGUGCGUGCGGCCUGCCUUGGGGCCUGGGGCCUCGCCUUCCUCAUGUGCCUGCCUACUCUGCUGACACGGAAGAUGUACAUAGACCCUGAGUUCAACUUGACUUACUGCACCUUGAACUACACUGGGACUUAUUUUGGAGACCGGACCAGGGAGGUGGUGGAGGUGACACGGGCCCUCUUUGCCUUCAUCUUGCCCUUCAUCAUCAUGGCAUUCUGCUACCUCCUGAUUGGCCAGAAGCUGCAGAGGGGCAAGUUCGCCAAGACCAGCAAGACCAGGAAGCCUGUCCGCCUCACUGCAGUUGUAGUUGCCGCCUUUUUCCUCUGCUGGCUCCCAUACAACAUCUGCGGCCUAGCUCAGGCUUUCUCCAAACAAUCGGAGGCCUGGGUCUGGGAUAGGUUGUCCAUGGGCCUAGUCUCCCUCAACAGCGCCCUGAACCCCAUCCUCUAUGUCUUUGCCGGCCGCGACUUCCGCCAAGUUUUCCGACGUUCCCUGUGCACCUCGCUCCGCUUGGCCUUUGCUGAGGAACGGAUGGAGUCAAUCUGGAGGGUGCGCAUCAAGACUAGCUCCAGUACAGAUGCCAGAGUGUGA